AUGUGUUACCUAGUCGGUCCUCAACGGGCCUUUCCUCAAGACAGCAUGCACAAUAAAACUUCUGUGGUUAUUUACAAGGGAACUAUUUACAAAUAUAAAACUCAUCGUCCACAAUAUAUAGAAAUUAUUACUCAAUUAAAUGAUAAAAAUUCUUAUUUCAUAAUUUAUCAACCUAAAUCUAAAUGGAAAUCUAAAUUAAAUUCUGAUAUUCAUUGGUUUAUACGUAAAUUAUUAUUAUUAUCAAAUCAAUUUCAUGAAAAUCAACAGAAUAAUAAUAAUAAUGGAAUAGAGUCCAUAGCAACAACAACAACGGCAACGCCGACGACGAAUAAACCUUCCAAUAUUACUGCUACUACUACCGAUACUACUGAUACUAGUAUUACUAAUACUACUUCAUUGAAUAUACCUUCCAAUAUUACUAAUACUGCUACUACUACUACUACUACUACUACUGAUACUAAUAAUACUACUUCUUUGAAUACACCUUCCAACAUUACCAAUACUACUAAUAAUACUACUAUUGAUACUACUAACACCACUACUACGUUAUUAGAUCAAUUCAAUUAUUAUUUUAAUGAUUAUGAUGAUAUAAAACAAAAGACAAAUACAAUAAUCAUACAAUCAUUAAAUGAUUUAUUUCAUGUAACAAUAUUAUAUAGAAAUAAUAAAUUCAAUCAUAAUUUAUCAUUUAAAUUAACUAAAUCUAAAUUAAAAUGGUUACAUAAUAUUUAUUCACCGAAAUCAUCAUCAUUACCCUCAUCAUCAUCAUCAUUUCAUUCUGUAAAUAAUUAUACAUCACCACUUACAAAAUCUUACAAAACCAGAUCAUGUAAAUUGAUUCAUUAUAAUUCAAAGGCAAUAGAUUCAAAUGUGUCCAUGUCUAACCAGUCAAAUACAAGCCAACAAAUGUGUACAAAUCAUCAAGCUACAAAUACUACUACUACUACUACUACCAAUACUACUAAUAAUAAUAGUAAUGGUUAUAGUAAUCAUUCCAUCAAUGAUACAUCCAAUAUCCUACUUGGUUUAUUUCUGGAAUCAGGAAAACAUUUUAUAUUUGAAUUCAAUACAAUACAUGAAAGAAAUUUAUGUUUAACAUCAUUAAAUAAAAUUAUUUCUAUGAAUAAACAAGUAAAUGCUUAUCCAGAUAUUGAAUUUGCAUGGUCUGUUCAUGUUCAUUUUAAACCAAAAGAUUAUACCAGUACUGGUUUAAUUCCAAAUAAUAAUGGAUCACAUUAUUUAUGUUUAACAUGUACAGAAAUACUUCUAAUUCAAGGAAAUUUACGUAUACCUAAAUUAAUUAUUUUAUAUCGAUUUGUACGUCAAUGUGUAUCACGUAGAGAUGGUCAAUUUCGUAUUUAUACUGGUCGUGCAUCACCAAUUGGUGAAUGUGAAAUUAUAUUUCAAUUAGCUGAUCAUACAGAAGCAGUAUAUGUUCAUGAACAAUUUACACGACUAAUGCAUCAGUCCAGUGUAAAUACACCAUCAUCAUCAUUGUCUUCAUCAUCAUCUUCUUCAAAUUCUGGAUGGAAUCGAUUUGGUUACAGUCAAAAUAAUUUACCUCCAUUGCCAAGACCAAUUUCAUUAUCACAAAAUAAUACACUAUUAUCUAAUAUGAAUUUACAACCAAUUAAACGAUUAACUCAUUCCAAAUCGAUGUCUAACAUUGACGAUAACAAUAACAAUACUACUACCACCACUACUACUACUACUACUACUACUACUACUAACAAUAAUAAUAAUAAUAAUAAUAAUGGUUUUAUGGAUAACAAGGGGAAUGCUUCUCAGUAUAAUAAAAGUAAUAUAAUAAAAUAUAAAAAAAAUUUAUAUUUAUCCCAAAACCAUUCAUUAUAUCAAUCAUGUCCAUUAUUAUUGAAUAAUAGAAAAAAUGAUCUACAAUUGGAAUAUCCUAAUCAACAAUAUUGUUUCCAUGACAAAAAAUCAAUACAAAAUGAUUAUAAUAAAAUAAAAGAAAUUAAUAACAGUCCUACAUCUCAUUAUUUGGAAAUGAAUUUAUGUAAUAACGGAGUAAAAGAAGAAGAUAAGAAUUCAGUUAUUCUUAGAAAUCAACCAUUAUUAUUACAUAAUCGAAUCAAAGCUUAUUCUACAUGUUCACCAUUAGAUUUAAUAUUAACAUCAUCUUAUCCAUCCCGUGAAUUAUUAUCCCUCAAACUAUUACCAACUAUUCAACAAUCACCUAUAUCUAAUCAAAAUAUGAUUAGUAAUCGUGAUAAUACUGAUAUAUUUGUACAAUUAUACUUUGAUAAAGCCAAUGUAUACUCAUCUUCAUCUUCAUAUCCUAUGGAUAAACAAGACAAUUGUAUAGAACCAUUAUCUUUAUUACAUUAUCCUUAUCAAACUUCAUCAUCAUCAUCAUUUACUAAUUCUUGUUGUCAAUCAACAACAACUAGAUCACGUAAUAGUCUAUUUCAAACUAGUAAUAAUAAUAGUUAUAAUAGUAGUAAUAGUAGUAAUGGUAUUAAUACUACUUAUAAUAGUAUAAAUAGUAGUUUAUCACCUAUGAUGAUAACACCCUCGAGUGGUUCAUCUUUAUUUUUUAAUUGUGGAAGUAGUAGUAGUAGUAGUAGUAGUAAUAGUAUGAGUUAUACAAAUAGUAGACCAAGAACAUCAAGUGAUGUUAGUAAUAUGCGUAGAUCAUAUUACUGUCAUUCGAAUGUAAACUAUUUUCAUCAUCAUCUUCAGCAGCAACAACAACAACAACGGUCAACUAUGACACAAAAUCUUUAUCUUCACCAAUUCCAACAUCAAUCGAAAAGGCGUCAGGAACAUACUCCACGUCCUUUAAGUACAAUCGAUUGUCAAACAUCACAAAAUAUGUUUUCCAACCUGAAAUUCGGUGGAGAUUUAACGAGUAUCCAUGAAUUACUACCGGUGAAUUAUUCAAAUAUUAUAAAUCCGAUAAGUAGACCAAGAGCAGCAACUACUGGAUCUAAUUUAUUAUUAUUAAAUAAACAACGUUUAUCAACAGUAUUGAAUCAUUUAAAAAUGAAUUGGUUUAAAAAACAAUCGAAUACGAAAAAAAUCUCUCAUUCCAACUUGACUACUACUAAUAAACAUAAUAUCAGUAGUAUAAAUGAUAAUACUAAAAAAAUGAAUCCUGAUUCAAUUGAAUCAACUAGGGAAACCUACCAUCAUGAGAAUAACAAUUAUGAUGAAUAUGUUGAAACAUUUCCUAUGAAUAUCAAUACGUUUUUGAAUAAUCAAGAGCAUUUAACAUUGCAAGGAAAUCCAUUUCCUAAUUUAUCAAAUCAUUACAUGAUAUUAUGA